UUGUCUUGCUUUGCUUACUACUAAAGUCAUCAUGGCUGAUGUACGAAGCUUUGGAAUCAGGGAUCUUUCUCUUUGGUCUGGUGGGCCUACUCCAGGGCAAUUCUACAACUUUCCUGGAUAUAGUAAACAAAAUGAGGCCAGGUCUCACACCAUGUACCCUUCAACAUCAGGUACUUCAGUCGUUGGCCUAGUGUAUAAUGGAGGAGUGAUGCUUGCUGCUGAUUCCCUGGGCUCAUAUGGGUCACUAGCAAGGUUCAGGGAUGUGAAAAGGCUCUUCAGGGUUACUGAUAAAGCAGCUUUAGCUUGUAGUGGAGACAUUGCCGAUUAUCAGUUCAUCAAAGAAGUCAUCGAACAGAAAGUGCGUGAUGACGAAUGUGGAGGUUACACUCGUGAACUUAAUGCUGGAGCUUUACACUGCUGGCUGACUAGGGUACUUUACAAUCGUCGAAGUAGAUUUGAUCCACUUUGGCUCGAGUGCGUUGUUGCCGGUUAUAAGGAUAAUGAACCAUUCUUGGGUUAUGUGGACAAGAUUGGAACUGCCUUUGAAGCCAAGGAGGUUGCUACUGGAUUUGGUCUUCAUCUGGCAGUUCCCAUGAUAAGAGAAGCCAGAGAGAAGAAGCCGAACCUAACACGUGAUGAUGCACAAAAGUUGCUGAAGGAGUGCCUGAAAGUACUAUAUUAUCGGGACUGCCGUGCUCAUUUCAAAUAUCAACUGGCUGAUAUAACCCCUGAAGGUGUAACUAUCCAUGAUGACAUUAACAUGAAGAAAGAAACAAAUUGGGAAGUUGCCAACUAUAUCAAGGGUUAUGAAUAAGAAAUUUGCCAGCAUUAAUUGGGAGUGAAUGGAUUAUCUGAAGUAUAAGGUUGGAUUUUUUUCUUUGGUAUUUGUCAUAUGUUAGUUUUCUAAGUACUGUACUGUCAUGUUCACAUGGAAAGCAUUAAAAUAAAAUUCUUUAAUACAGAUA